UCGGAGAAGAGAGAGACUGAGAGAGAGAGAGAGAGAGAGAGGGGAUCUCACCGUCACAAAUGGCCAGAUUAGCAGAAGCUACAGCAGAGCUUGAGAGACGUCAAAAACGAAUCCUCGAAAGGAUAGCAGAACUAGAGCUUCAUUUGUUGCCUGAGCAUUUCUCAGCCGCGGUCUCUGUCUCUUCCCAGGAUGAACGAAAUUCCGUCACCGUAUCACGUCUCUCUGCCAUCCUUCGAGCCAAAGGUGUUGAUGAUUUCGUAUUCAAGAGAGCUCCCUCCGACUACUACGAUAGACCCAUCGAGGCGAGAAGAGAGAUCCUCGGUGCUGCUUCCAUACACCAUCUCUGCAAGAGCAUCGUCUUGGUCAACACACAAGCCCAUGCUAGUGUCACCGAUUGUAGUGAUCGAAAUAAUUCAAAGUACUAUCUUGUGGUAGUGCAGUAUACUGCUCGGUUUAAUGCUGAAGCCGUGAAAAAUUUCUUGUAUUCUCUCAACAAUGGAAAGAUACCAAAAAAGAAGUUCAACAUGAGGCUUGCACCUGAGGAUCAGUCAGCGAAGUUGACCGGAUAUGAGCACAAUGCAGUGACAUGUAUAGGCAUGAACACAACCAUUCCGGUGAUCUUGGAUGAAGCAAUUGUGAAGCUUAAUCCCGAUUUCUUCUGGCUGGGAGGUGGCGAGGUGGAAUUAAAGUUGGGGAUCAGGACUUCCCAAUUCAUUAACGUCAUUAAACCUUUUAUUGUUAGCUGUAGUUAGUACUUGAUUAGCUUAAAGAACCAUUGUUGGAUCAAUUAAAGAAAAACCAGUCUAGCUAGAUUGUCUGGUGGAAAUUGGACGGAACUUGAUUGAUCUCAUUUACCCAAAUGCAUUGGGAAGUAUCACUUCACGGGCUUUGUCCAUUUUUGCUCGGGAUUCAGGUUUCGGAUGUUUGUGUUCCUCAGAGCAAGAAGUUAUGUUUUCUAUUCAUAUUAACUUUUGUGUUUGGGAUGUUUAAAUUUGGUUUAAAUAUUUGCAUAUUUCAUGGGAGACGUUCU